AUUCUUGUCAACAAAAUUAAAAUGACACACACAUGACAAGGCCACAAAAUCAUAAUAACACAAGUUUUAAGAUGUGUUAAGUGUAAUUUGAAAGAUGUCGUAACUGAUUAAUCGUAUAAGUGGCCCCAAAAUUACCGAAAAGAAAUGUUUAGAAGUCGGAGUUGGUUUGGAGGUGGUUGGGGUCGCCCGAAGAAUCCUCACUCGUUGGAGCACCUCAAAUACCUUUACAACGUUUUAUCAAGAAAUCAAACCGUAUCAGAACAUAACCGAGGAUUACUCGUGGAGACUUUACGAUCGAUAGCCGAAAUUUUAAUAUGGGGCGACCAAAAUGACUCUUCCGUUUUUGACUUUUUCUUAGAAAAAAAUAUGUUAUCGUUUUUUUUACGCAUCAUGAGACAAAGAAGUGGGGGAUCCAGUUUUGUUUGUGUUCAAUUGCUUCAAACGUUAAACAUUUUAUUUGAAAACAUAAGAAAUGAAACUUCUUUAUAUUAUUUAUUAUCAAACAAUCACGUCAAUUCGAUUAUCGUCCAUAAAUUUGAUUUUUCCGAUGAGGAGGUGAUGGCUUAUUAUAUUUCGUUCCUUAAAACGUUAAGUUUGAAAUUAAAUGUACAUACAAUACACUUUUUUUAUAACGAGCAUACGAAUGAUUUUCCGCUUUAUACGGAGGCUAUUAAGUUUUUUAAUCAUCCCGAAUCGAUGGUUCGAAUCGCUGUGCGUACUUUAACGCUAAAUGUGUACAAAGUAGAAGAUUCUAGCAUGUUGACCUUUAUUAGGGAUCGAACUGCAGCUCCUUAUUUUUCAAAUAUCGUUUGGUUCAUUGGAAAACACAUUCAAGAGUUGGAUAAUUGCGUUAGAAACGAUGCUGACCACCAAUCCCAAAAUCGCCUCUCAGAUUUAGUUGCAGAACACUUAGAUCAUCUCCAUUACCUCAACGAUAUUUUAUGUUUGAACAUAACAGAUUUAAAUCAAGUCUUAACAGAUCAUUUAUUACAUAAAUUAUUAAUUCCCUUGUAUAUACAGUCUUUAUCGUCUAUGACGAAACUUUCUGAUUCAAAUGAAGCCCAAGCGACGCAAAAUCUAAAUCGAGUUUUUAAUAAAAACUUGAACUUCAACGAACAUUCGCAAUACGAUUUUAUAAACGGGAAAGUUUCUUGUGUGGUCUCAUUGUUUUUGUUAUCACAAGUUUUUUUGAUUAUUUCGAACCCUUUGCUGGUGCAGGCAUUAUCUUGGAUCAUAUUAAAAUCGGAUAAAUUGAUGUUGGGGAAAGGAGUUGACAAGUUGUUAAACUUUUAUGAAGUUGCAAAACGCGAUGAAGAAAAUACUCACUUAAAUAGCGACGUUUUAACCGAUGGGAGUUCCUCUUCGAAGGAGAAUUUGGCGGAGGAGCCUAAAAAUAUCACUGAUGAGGAGAAAGAGAAAUUGGUUUCUCCAACAAGCGAUGAAAACUUUGAUAAACCUUUUUUGGAGACGAUUUUUAACGCUUUGGAUUGCGCAGAGAAUGAUUACACAACGCUUUUUGCGUUAACUUUAUUAUAUGCGAUGGCGAAUAAUAAAGGUGUUUUACCUGAACACGUUGAAUUAGUUUUACGACCAAAAAAAUCGUUGGUGUCCUCAUCAAGCGCAAAAGACAUAAAAUACACCUACAAUAAUAAUUUAGUCGAUCGAAUAUUGCAUAUUGUAAUAUUAUCGUGUCAACCAUCUUGCCGGGUGCGUUUAGUAACGCUCGAACUGGCGUUAAAAUUGCUAGUACAACUCGUGAUGUGCGAUGGAAAAAACAUUUUAAAUGAGGCGCAUAAAUCGUCUAUUGAUACGGCCAAAUCGCAAAGUACGGCUUUACUCAGGAAUUUUUAUAAGAGCGAGGAGAUAUUUUUGGAUAUGUUCGAACACGAAUACUGUGAUAUGUCGAAAGGAUCAUUAAACGUUGAGUGGCUUUGUAUGGAUAGCGCGCUUUUAUUACCGCCAACGGGGACUCCGUUAACCGGAAUUGAUUUUACAAAGCGUUUACCGUGUGGUGAAGUGGAAAGGGCAAGACGAGCAAUUAGAGUUUUCUUUUUGGUGCGAGACACCGUCUUAACACUCAAUGGUGACGUUGAAACUCAACUUCCUUUAACCAACCCGCAGACGAGCGUCCAAAUUGAUCAGGCCCUGGACUUGAGUAUACCUCGUUACAACUCCGAUUUGAUAGCUUGCACUGUCGCAUGGAAAGAUGGCAAAAAUAAACGGCGAUUUUUAGUCAUCGACAUCAUGCAAUUAAUCCUCGUUGAGCCGGACCCCAAAAAGCUCGGCUGGGGCGUAGCGAAAUUGGUCGGAUUCUUGCAAGACAUCGAAGUAACCGGAGAUCAAGACGACUCGAGAUGUCUUCACAUCACCAUUCACAAACCUUUAUCGAGCACAACAGGAAAUCGGGUUCCUUUAUUAUCGGCCAAAUUCAUUUUUGACGACAACAUCCGUUGUAUGGCAGCGAAACAACGAUUAUCAAAAGGCCGAAUUAAAGCUCGCCAAAAAAAGAUGCAACACAUAGCGCGAUUAUUAGAUAUUCCGGGACAAUCGGGACCUCCAAGUCCGGCGUUUGUAGGUGCAGGUCUUUAUGGGAACCGUACAGGUCGUGGAAUCCGAGAUAAUCGUCCUUUAUUUCAUAACGUGAGAGUUCCGGGUUUUGCAGCCCCCCGAAGAGAAAGUACCCCCGGGGUUAUUCACCGAACCGACGCUGAUCGUAGAAGAAAAGACACCGAAAGUCCGAAUGGAACGAUUAAAAAGGAGACGCGUUCGAGAGAACCAUCGGGAUCGAGGGCUAAAUCGAGAGAGGGGAGCCCAAGGAUGCCGAGACCCCGCUCUGAGGAAAUCCCAUUGGAAUUAAUCAAAAAAUCACCCGCUUCAAUCAUCGAUAUGGCCCCGAAGAUCGCAAUUAUCCCGCGCCCCCAAAUAGUUAGGGAAGAAGUGGUUAAUGAAAAUCAAAAGGUGGUUGUUGCAGAGGUUUCAUCAUCGAUUGAAACUUCGUUUAUUGCCGAUAAAAGUACUCCGAAGAAAAAAGGACUCGUUGAGACUAUUUAGUGAUAAAAUAAUUUGGUGCUUUUAUUAUGUAAAUUAAAUUAAUGUGUAAAAUAAUUUUUUAUUGU